GUUUUGAACUACAGUUCCGAUUGGGCCCAACUCUUCAAGGCAAGCCUGUUACUGUAUACACAAAUUAUCCAGCUUCUGGAGAAAUAUUUGAUCGCCACAAGUUCAGGACACUAUCGUGGCAUAAUCCCACAGGAAAAGAAGAUGACUCUGACAAGUACUGCAAGCUGGAUCUCCAAAUUUCUGGGUCAUACCAGUACUAUUUCAGUCUUGGAAAUGAAAAAAGUGGUGGAGGUUACAUAGUUGUGGAUCCUAUUUUGCAUGUUGGAGCCGAUAAUCAUGUGUUACCAUUGGAUUGUGUUACACUCCAGACGUUCCUCGCUAAGUGUCUGGGACCAUUUCAUGAAUGGGAAGAUAGGCUUAAAGUUGCAAAAGAAACAGGUUACAACAUGAUUCAUUUUACACCACUGCAGAAGCUUGGACUGUCUAGAUCAUGUUAUUCACUGGCUGAUCAGUUAGAAGUAAAUCCUGAAUUUUCAAGCCAUAAUAAAAAGUGCACUUGGAGCGAUAUAGGAGCUCUUGUGGAAAAAUUGAAAAAUGAAUGGAAUAUGCUUUGCAUCACAGAUGUAGUCUACAAUCAUACUGCUACUAACAGUGAAUGGCUCAGGAUGCAUCCAGAAUGUGGCUAUAACCUUGUAAAUUCUCCUCACCUGAAGCCAGCUUGGGUCUUGGAUAGAGCUCUGUGGCACUUGACCUGUAUGGUGGCUGAUGGAAAGUGUAAUGCUAAAGGGGUUCCUCCCUUGAUUGAAAAUGAUCAUCACCUGAAUUGUAUCCGUAAAAUAAUUUGGGAAGAUAUAUAUCCAAAAAUUAAACUAUGGGAAUUUUUCCAAGUGGAUGUUAACAAAGCUGUGCAGCAAUUUAAAACCCUUCUAUCUCAAGGCAAAAUGAGCACUAAAUCUGAUCCAAAUCAACAUCUUCAAAUAGUUCAGGACCCUGAUUAUAGAAGAUUUGGGUGUACUGUAGAUAUGAAUAUCGCAUUGGCAACAUUCAUACCACACAGCAAUGGACCAGCUGCAAUAGAAGAAUGUUGUAACUGGUUUCGCAAGAGGAUUGAGGAACUGAAUGCUGAACAAUACAGACAAAUUAAUCACCAUCAAGAGCAGGCUGUCAAUUGUCUUGUGGGGACUGUGGUUUAUGAACGACUGGCUGGCGAUGGUCCUAAGCUGGGUCCUAUCAGUAGAAAAUAUCCUUUAGUUACCAGGUAUUUUACUUAUCCAUUCAAAGAGCUGACUGUGGAAGAAGAAGAAACAAUGAUACAUCAGCCAGAUAAAGCUUGUUAUUUCAUGGCUCAUAAUGGCUGGGUUAUGGGAGAUGAUCCUCUCAGAAACUUUGCAGAACCAGGUUCAAAUGUUUACUUGAGAAGAGAGCUUAUUUGUUGGGGAGACAGUGUGAAACUGCGUUAUGGUAAUAAACCUGAAGACUGCCCAUAUCUCUGGGCACAUAUGAAAAAAUACACUGAAAUCACUGCCAAGUAUUUCCAUGGUGUUCGUCUUGACAACUGUCACUCAACACCUAUUCAUGUAGCUGAGGAGAUGCUAGCAACAGCCAGAUCAGUCAGACCUAAUCUUUAUGUGAUAGCUGAACUCUUCACGGGCAGUGAGUACAUUGACAAUGUUUUUGUCAACCGCCUGGGAAUUACCAGCCUGAUUAGAGAGGCAAUGACUGCUUAUAAUAGCCAUGAAGAGGGAAGGUUAGUUUAUCGUUUUGGAGGUGAACCUGUUGGCUCUUUUGUUCAGCCACGUUUGAGGCCUUUGAUGCCAGCUAUUGCUCAUGCACUGUUUAUGGAUAUUACGCAUGAUAAUGAGUGUCCAAUUCAGCACCGAUCUGCAUAUGAUGCUCUUCCUAGUGCAAUGAUUGUUUCCAUGGCAUGCUGUGCUACAGGAAGCACCAAAGGCUAUGAUGAACUAAUACCACACCAGAUCUCUGUAGUAUCUGAAGAGAGGUUUUAUGCAAAGUGGAAUCCAGCAGCACACCUGACUUCUGGUGAAGUUAAUUUCCAAACAGGAAUUCUAGCAGGAAGGCUGGCCAUAAACAGGCUGCAUCAGGAGCUGGGGGCUAAAGGCUUUAAUCAGGUGUAUGUAGAUCAAGUUGAUGAAGAUAUAGUGGCAGUGACGAGGCAUUGCCCUAACACACACCAGUCUGUUGUGGCUGUAAGUCGAACUGCCUUCAGGGAUCCGAAAACUUCCUUCUACAGUAAAGAAGUACCUGAAAUGUGUAUCCCAGGAAAAAUAGAAGAAGUAGUACUUGAGGCUAGGACUAUUGAGAGAAACGUUAGUCCUUACAAAAAAGAUGAACAUUUUAUAAAUGGAUUGCCUAAUUUCACAAUGGAGCUCAGAGAGCAUAUCCAGAUUAAAGAGAGUAAAAUUAUAAAGCAAGCUGGAACUGCCAUAAAAGGGCCAAAUGAAUUUGUUCAAGAAAUAGAAUUUGAAAAAUUAACACCAGGAAGUGUGAUAGUAUUCAGAGUUAGUCUUGACCCAAAGGCACAAGAGGCUGUUGGUGUACUCCGCAAUCAUUUGGUCCAGUUCAGCCCUCAUUUUAAAUCUGGAAGUCUUCCUGAUGAUCAUUCAGCACCUAUAUUAAAAACAUUAUUUUCUUCUAUUGCAUCGAAGCUAACUUUGUCUGACCUAAAUCAAGUACUGUAUAGGUGUGAGGCAGAAGAACAAGAAGAUGGUGGAGGUUGUUACAAUAUACCAAACUGGUCACCACUGAAGUAUGCAGGCCUCCAAGGGUUAAUGUCAGUGAUGGCAGACAUUAGACCAAAGAAUGAUUUGGGUCAUCCAUUUUGUGAUAAUUUAAGAUCUGGAGACUGGAUGAUUGAUUAUGUCAGUAAUCGUCUGAUUUCACGUGCAGGAGCCUGUGCAGAAGUUGGUAAAUGGUUGAAGGCCAUGUUUGUCUACCUAAAGAGAAUUCCACGUUACCUCAUCCCAUGCUACUUUGAUGCCAUAUUAGUGGGUGCAUACACAACGCUUCUGGAUGUGGGAUGGCAUCAGAUGUCUAGCUUUGUGCAGAAUGGAUCAACAUUUGUUAAGCAUCUUUCCUUGGGUUCAGUCCAGAUGUGUGGGAUAGGAAAAUACUCUUGUCUGCCAGAUCUGUCUCCUUCCUUACAUGAUGUUCCCUAUAGGCUGAAUGAGAUUACAAAUGAGAAAGAACAGUGUUGUGUUUCCUUGGCAGCUGGUUUACCUCACUUCUCUUCUGGAAUUUUUCGCUCUUGGGGAAGGGAUACCUUUAUUGCACUCAGGGGUCUCAUGUUAGUUACUGGGCGCUAUCUAGAAGCAAGAAACAUCAUUUUAGCAUUUGGUGGGACUUUAAGACAUGGUCUCAUUCCCAAUCUGCUUGGUCAGGGGACACAUGCCAGAUACAACUGUCGUGAUGCUAUAUGGUGGUGGCUUCAGUGUAUCCAGGACUACUGUAAAAUUGUUCCAAAUGGAUUAGACAUUCUCAGGUGUCCUGUUUCUAGGAUGUACCCAAGAGAUGACUCUUCUCCUCAGCCUGCAGGCGCUUUGGAUCAGCCACUUUAUGAAGUAAUACAGGAAGCAAUGCAACGACACGUGGAAGGCAUAAAUUUCCGAGAAAGGAAUGCUGGCCCACAGAUAGAUCAAAACAUGAGAGAUGAAGGUUUUAAUGUAACUGCAGGUGUCGACCCAGAAACUGGCUUUGUCUUUGGAGGGAACCGUUUCAAUUGUGGCACUUGGAUGGAUAAAAUGGGAGAGAGUGACAGAGCUCGCAACAGAGGAAUUCCAGCUACUCCAAGAGAUGGCUCUGCUGUGGAAAUUGUUGGCCUGUGCAAGUCGGCUGUUCGCUGGUUGCUGGAUUUAUCCAGAAAAAAUGUGUUUCCAUUUCGUGGAGUCACUGUAAAAAGACAUGGAAAGGAGGAGACUGUCACAUAUGAUGAGUGGAACAGAAAAAUUCAAGGACACUUUGAAAGGCUGUUCUUUGUCUCUGAGAAUCCAGCAGAUCCUAAUGAGAAACAUCCAAAUCUCGUUCACAAACGUGGAAUCUAUAAGGAUAGCUAUGGAGCUUCAAGUCCAUGGUGUGAUUACCAACUCAGGCCAAAUUUUACAAUAGCAAUGGUUGUGGCCCCUGAGUUGUUCACACCUGAGAGAGCUUGGAAAGCUCUGCAAAUAGCAGAGGAAAAACUGCUUGGUCCAUUAGGCAUGAAAACUUUAGACCCAGAUGAUAUGGUUUACUGUGGAGUAUAUGAUAAUGCUCUUGACAAUGACAACUAUAAUGUAGCCAGAGGUUUUAAUUAUCACCAAGGACCAGAAUGGCUGUGGCCAAUUGGAUAUUUUCUUCGUGCCAAGUUGUACUUCUCAAAGUUGAUUGGUCCAGAGAUAUAUGCAAAAACUGUAGUUAUGAUUAAGAAUGUUCUUUCUCGCCACUAUGUUCACCUUGAAAGAUCAUCCUGGAAAGGGCUUCCAGAACUGACCAAUGAAAAUGGACAGUAUUGCCCUUUUAGCUGUGAAACUCAGGCCUGGUCGAUUGGUGUUAUCCUUGAAAUACUUUAUGACUUGUAAAAGUUUUACUUUGAUUGAUUUGCUGAGACUUCUGUGGUCUUAUUAUUGGGCAUAGAUGAACACUUAUAUACUGCAAGGGAAAUGUCCUGUUCUGCACAAUCACUUAAGCUGUGUCCUGACUUUCAAAGAUGCUGAAUGCCAGGCAGCCUCUAUGCCCUGUAACUGUGUGGGGCUUG